AUGCACCCGCCCGGCGCCCUGCUCGCCAUGGCCGAGGGCGCCUUCUCGCUGUCCGCCCCUGCGGCGCGGAGCCCCGGCGGCAACCCGUCGAGGCUGCACAGCAUCGAGGCCAUCCUGGGGUUCCCCAAAGAGGACGGCCUGCUCGGCCCCUUCCCGCCCGACGGCGGCGGCGCCGCCAAGGAGGCGGACAAGCGGGGCCCGCGGCACUGCCUCCCCAAGGCGCCCGGGGAGCCGCCGCCGGCCGAGCCCCCGGGCCGCGCCGAGCGCUGCCAAGAGCCCUACUGCCCCGGCAGCGCCAGCCCCGAGCUGCCCGCCGGCAGCAGCGGCGAGGGGAAGCCGUCGGACGAGGAGCAGCCCAAGAAGAAGCACCGGCGGAACCGCACCACCUUCACCACGUACCAGCUCCACGAGCUGGAGCGCGCCUUCGAGAAGUCCCACUACCCCGACGUGUACAGCCGCGAGGAGCUCGCCAUGAAGGUCAACCUCCCCGAAGUGCGCGUGCAGGUGUGGUUUCAGAACAGACGGGCCAAGUGGCGGCGGCAGGAGAAGCUGGAAGUGACCUCCAUGAAGCUGCAGGACUCCCCCAUCCUCUCCUUCAACCGCUCGCAGCAGCCGGCACCCAUGGGCCCCCUCAGCAGCAACCUGCCGCUGGAGACGUGGCUCAGCCCGCCGGUGCCCAGCAGCACGGCCCUGCAGACGCUGCCCGGCUUCGUGGCCUCACCGCAGAGCCUGUCCGGCAGCUACACACCACCGCCCUUCCUGAACUCUCCAGCAGUGACCCACACCCUGCAGCCCCUGGGGGCCAUGGGGCCACCACCGCCUUACCAGUGCGGAGCCACCUUUGUGGACAAGUUCCCCUUGGACGAGGCGGACCCGCGCAACACCAGCAUUGCCGCCUUACGGAUGAAGGCCAAGGAGCACAUCCAGUCCAUCGGCAAGCCCUGGCAGACGAUCUGA